ACGUCACCGACGUCGAACGGGACUGUUUGUUCUGGAUUUGGGGCGAGGAAGGUCUGCGAGCGCUGACAACCGACUGAACAAGGUGGGAAACUCGUCUUCUGUCCAUGUGUUGUGGUGUCUGUGAUCCAGCAGCGUGUCACUGACGAACCCUUGGCGUUACCUCAGGAAAUCACCGCCGCACACACUGAGAAAUGAUUGCACAACUGGAUUAGAACACGGCUGCACUGCAACAAACAUAGAGUUGAGUGAGGAGUGUGAUGGCCUGAGGGGGGAGCCCCCGGUGACACCUGCCCCUGCCAGGUCCACUCUGCCUAAACUGAGUGCUCAGAAAAUACUGGCCAGCACUGCGAUGGGGGACGGCCUGGAGGCAGGCAGCAGCCAGAACCCCUCCUCUGCCCCACUGCCUCUCCCCUUUAACCCUCCACCCCCAGAGACAUGGAACCCCUCCAGACCCAAACGACAGACCAACCAGCUCCAGUACCUACUUAAAGUGGUGUUGAAGACAUUAUGGAAACACCACUUUGCAUGGCCCUUCCAAGCUCCUGUAGAUGCCAUCAAACUCAAUUUGCCUGACUACUAUAAGAUCAUUAAGAACCCUAUGGACAUGGGCACAAUAAAGAAACGUCUGGAGAACAACUACUACUGGAAUGCCCAGGAGUGUAUCCACGACUUCAACACGAUGUUCACAAACUGCUACAUCUAUAACAAGUCUGGCGAUGACAUUGUGUUAAUGGCGGAGGCCUUGGAAAAGCUGUUCCUUCAGAAGAUCACAGAGAUGCCGCAGGAGGAGACGGAGAUCCCUGUAGUUUCCAAGGGUCGGCGUGGGGGUAGACGGGACAUGGCUCUUAACAGUAAGUCCGAUUCAGGCCAGGACUCAUCGUCCCCAUCCACAACCCCCCACACACGAGGCUUCUCAUCACCUGCAUCCACACAGCAGACAGGUGCCACUCCUGCCCCUCAGGCCCCUCCCACGCUGCCCCUUUUGCAGUCGCAGCCCCCUCGUGUGCCUCCGACGCCUGCCUCCCAUGCACCCCAUCUGGGACCCCCGUUCCCCCUGUCAACACCAGACGGUUUGCCCCAAGGCAUGACUUCUGUCACCCCUCCAGCCCAGACGCACCCAGGCCUCCAUCCUGCCCCAAUGCUGCAGAGCUCCCCCGCCCUCAUCAAGCCAAGAAAAAGUCAGAAGAGGAAGGCAGACACCACAACGCCCACAGCCAACGACCAGCUCAGUGAAUCAUCUCCCAUCUCUACGGAGACGCGUCCUCGGCGAGAGAGCAGUCGGCCGUCGAAACAGCCCAAACGGGACGCGUCACAGCCAGACUCUCAGCACCACCUAGGACCGGGCCUGGACACGGGAGGGACUGCAACGCCGAAACGCCAGGAGCAGCUGCGUUCCUGCGCACGCCUCGUCAAAGAGAUGCUGUCCAAGAAACACUUACCGUAUGCAUGGCCCUUCCAUAAGCCUGUGGAUGUAAAGGCUCUGGGCCUCCAUGAUUACCUUGACAUCAUCAAGCAUCCAAUGGACCUCAGCACCGUCAAGAAAAAGCUGGACAGCAGGCAGUACAGAGACGCCCAGGAAUUUGCAGCAGACAUCAGGUUGAUGUUCUCCAACUGUUACAAGUACAAUCCACCAGACCAUGACGUGGUCAACAUGGCACGCAAAUUACAGGACGUGUUUGAGAUGCGUUUCGCCAAAAUGCCUGAUGAGCCAGAGGAGCUUGCCCCUGUUCCCACCCCGUCGUCGGCCCUCCACCCUGCCCCCUCCACUCGACAAGCCCCGCCUCCUUCUGCCGUCUCCGAAGACGACAGCUCCAGUUCUUCUGAAUCGGAGUCCUCGGGAGGAGACUCAGAACAAGAGCGAAAACAGCGGUUGGCUGAGUUACAGGAACAGCUCAAAGCUGUCCAUGAACAGCUGGCCGCUCUGUCCCAGCCCCAGGCCAGCAAACCCAAGAAGAAAGAAAGGGAGAAGAAGAAAGAAAAGCACAAGAAGAAGACGGGAGCAGAAGAAGCCAUGGAGGUGCCUCCCUCACUUCUACAGAUGUCCAAGAAAAGCAAAAACAGCAAGGAGUCCAUCAUUGUAAAGAAGGAGAGGAAGAAGCCUGGCAGUAAGAAAGAAGGAGUAAAAAACAGUCGGCCAGCUGUGCCUCCUCAGACUGGACCAACUCCCCUUGUCCCCUCAGCAUCUCUCGAAGCAGAGGAUGACAUGGACGUGUUUGGGACGGCAUCUGCUGACAGGUGCAAGCCCAUGUCGUACGAGGAGAAGCGGCAGCUGAGCCUGGACAUCAACAAGCUACCAGGUGACAAACUGGGUCGUGUCGUGCACAUAAUCCAAACACGCGAGCCAUCGCUGAAGAACUCCAACCCGGAUGAAAUCGAAAUAGAUUUUGAGACGCUCAAGCCCUCCACGCUGAGAGAGCUGGAGAAGUACGUCUCCAGCUGCCUCAGGAAGAAGAAAAAGCCCUCAGCAGCAGAGAAGCCUCUAGAAAUGACAAAGAUGAAGACAGGAUCUUCAUCCUCAGACAGCAGUGACUCCUCUGACAGUGAAGACUCUGAGAAUGGGCUGGUUCCCAAACAACAGAAGAAGGCCUCGACUAACAAAGACACCAAGAAACCGCAUCACCAGUCCAUCAGUAUCGGAGCUGGGCCAGUCGCUCCUCAGCCUCAGCCUCAAGUGGUCCAGUCCAAACCACCGUUUGUUCCCCCUCCACCCGUCUCCAUCCCUGUCCCUGUCUCUGUCCCGUCUCUGGACUCGUCCCAGCUGCUGGGCUCUGGAUUUGAUCCUUUAGCCCAUUUCAUGAAUCCUCACCUGACGCAGUCCAACACUGAGUCCAAUCCCACGCUGACCACGGCUGGGGCCUCCAUCACCUCUGGCCUCCUCAACGCAAUCACAGCCAACAGCCAGACCGCCACUGAGACGCAUCCUUUCCUAAACCAACACCCCAUCAUACCCUCACCAGCGGUCCACAACGCUCUUCCUCAGCAGCCAUCAAGACCCAGUCAUCGUGCAGCACCGCUUCCUCCCAAAGUAUCUCAGCCUCCUCCAUCGUCACUCCCCUCCCUCCCUCCAUCCUCAUCGCCUCACCUCCAGCCCUCGCUCCCCCUCACCCUCCCUCAGCCGGUGCCCCGCCCCCGCGUCCCAUCACCACCAUCACACGGCAUCCUGGGUACCCUUUCGGCUCAGCCUCCUCAAGCGCUGUUGGAGGGCGACGAAGAGCCUCCACCCAGCACUUCUGAAACGCCGCCUCUCAGUCAGGUGCACACGUUCCUGCAGUCACUCCAGGCUCGACCCACGCCACAGGCCCUGCACACACACUCACCCGCUCAAAGCGCCUCACAGCUGAUGGGGUCCAUGCACGUACAGGCCGCGACGACCUCCGCCCCGGCUCUCACGCAGAGACACAGCUCAGGCCACGCCCACAUGCAGCAGCCCUUCCCACACACGCACAUGUCAGCUGCACAGCAGCAGAAGGGCGUGGCCUUGCAGCAGAAGGUACAGCAGAUGCAGCAACUUCAACAACAGCCGUCGCCACGGAGCAAAGCAGAGCCUUAUUCAACAGGUUGCUUGCGUGAGAGCCCCUCUCCCCUGAUGAUGCAUUCUCCUCAGAUGCCUCAGUUCCAUCCAAUGGGACAACAGUCACCUGCACAGACCAAGAAACAUGAGCCGAGGUCCAACUUGGUGGGGGUUAAAGAAGAGAAGCCUUCCCAGUCUCCUGUCCUGCCCCCCUCCCCGUUCAGCCCUGCCAUGCGUCAGGACGCACACAAACCCCCAGACAACAAACACAGGUUAGAUCUGAAGCAGCUGGAUGGUUCUCGCCCCGGUUCCCACCUUGCAGACUCCCCGGUGCCGCCAUGCCCUCAACAGGACAACAAAAUCAAACAAGAGCCGAAAACUCCCAUAGCUCCGAAGAAGACACAGGAUGUGAAGUCUAAGAUCAUGGGCUCUUGGGCCAGCCUCGCCCAGAGGUCCCAGUCCACGCCAGCCUCUGCCGUUCGCUCAUCGAGUGACAGCUUUGAACAGUUCAAACGAGCCGCCAGGGAGAAGGAGGAGAGGGAGAAACAGCUGAAAGCACAGGCAGAGCAGGCGCGAAGAGAGCAGGAGAAACUACGCCGUGACGACGAGGACUCCAUGGAGCAGGCUCGCAGAGCACAAGAAGAUGCCCGCCGUCGCCACGAGCAACAGUCACUGCUCACCCCCACACCUCCAGCUUCGACCCCACCCACUCACUCUCCACAGGCCCCUCCCAGCCAGCCACAAGCCCCACCCCCUUCAUCCUCAGCCGCACAGAACGCCCUCGACCAGCAGAGGGAGAUGGCGCGCCGCCGCGAGCAGGAGAGGCGAAGGAGAGAGGCGAUGGCCGACACCAUCGAUAUCAACUUCCAGAGUGACCUGAUGGCCAUCUUCGAAGAGAACCUGUUCUGACGGAGAAAGCCAGGGGCAUGAUGGGAGUGAGAGAAGGACCUAGACACAUAUAAGCAGAUUUCUAAAACCCAUAUAAACCACGAUGCUCUGAUAGACAACGAUCGCUGCUCACACACAGACUCCAUCGUAACUGUCCCUUUCUCUCAGUAGUUGAAACAGCUGGCUUGUGUCAUGUGAAUGAGAGGGGGGGGUGAAAUAGAAAAAAAACAAAAAAAAACCUUUGACCUCAGAUACGUUUUGGUGUCUGGUUCGGGACUGAAGGUGGAAAAACAGACUGUAAUAAAUCAGCAGGCUCCCUCAUUUCGUCCAGAAUCAAAGAAAGAAACUGAAGCGACAGAAUGAAAAGGAGGGGACAGAAAAAAAUGAUGGCAGUGAAAAGGAUUUAAUUUAAGAAAUUAAGUGAAAAGUAAGAAAACAAAGAGGUUUCAGAUGAAUGAGUGAGCUACUGGAUCACUUUGUUUUUUGUUUUUUUACCUCUUUUUCCUAAUCUUUACCCUCUCUCUCUCUCUUUCUUCCUCUUUUUUAUUUUAUGUUGGAUUUUACAUGGGGGGGGGUUGCAGGUGUUGGUCUAGUUUGUCAGGUUGAUCGUUUUUUCUGAUCUGAGACUCGGUCGUUUCUCAGGACACGGCAGGAAAAGAAACCCCACAUUUAUCUUCAACACAUGGUCUUCUUCCCCCUCUUCUUCACUUCCUUCUAAUCUUCUCUCUUUUAGCCGCUAACUCUUCAACGAGAGAUCGCCGCAAGGAAGUUUCAGAGUGUGUCCUUUGCCUUAGCGCUCUGGCCUGUAAACUAAAGAUCACACCCGACAAAUUAUACAUAUUAUAUAUAAAUAAAUACAUGAAUAUAUAUUAUAUAAAAGUCAACGAAAAAAAAGAACAUGAGAGGGAUUUGGAUUGCGGGGAGCAAAGCUCGUCUGUGUUCACCUCUGGUUUUGAUUUUGUAGAAUUUACUGUAAAGAAGAAAAAAAAA